AUGAUAAAAUCAGAUGUUGUGUCACCGAGUACUGAUAUAAAAUGUUAUAACGAUUACAGUCUUCAACUGAAUCGAUGGUUUCUUAAGUCGAUCGGCGCCUGGCCGCAGUUGACCGCGCCGAGCACAGUGAGGAGAAUUGCUGUGUCGAUGCAGAUCGGUAUCUUCGCGAUCACGACCGCACUCAAUAUGAUCCCGUGUAUACUAUAUGUGAUGUUCGAGAACGUGAACAUAGAGUCCAAACUGAACGCCGUUGUUCCGCUGAUUUUCAGACUUCUGGGAGCGUUGAAUUACUGUGUGCUGUUUAAGCGCAACAAAGACAUCUACGAGCUCAUGAAGCACAUGGAGAUGGAUUGGAAGCGCGUGCAAAGAUUCGACGAUCGCGAAGUGAUGCUGCAGCACGCCCGGUUCGGCCGCUUCAUCGCCGGAAUGUGCGCGAUAUUUUUGUACACCUCCUCAGUUUUUUUCACCGUGAUCAAACUCCUGAGAACCGUUUCGUUCACCGUCGGCAACGGGACCUUCAAGAUGUAUCCGAUGACGUGUCCGAUGUACAGCAAAAUCAUCGACGCGAGAUUCAGCCCCGUGAACGAAAUCCUGCUGAUCGUGCAUAUUACAGUAUAUUUAUCGAUGAGUUUCAAUGUAUUUAUAUUUUGCUACAUUGGUGAAACUCUAACAGAACAGUGCAAAACUGUGGGUGACGUGGCAUAUAUGACUGACUGGUAUAAACUGCCUCGAAAAACUGCACUCUAUUUUAUUUUGAUAAUCAUGCGAUCGAGUAAAAUAAUCAAGAUGACCGCGGGAAAAAUAGUUCAAUUGUCCAUUGCAACUUUUGGCGAUGUAUUUAAAACUUCCAUGACGUAUUUGAGCCUUUUGCGAACAAUGAUUACAUGAAAUGUUAAGAAAAAAA